GGGAAGAGGGCACUGGUCCUAGGCCCUCUACGCAGCCAAUUUGCUAACACUGUGUGGCCAGUCCGGGGAGCCCUCUGCAGUUUGAAUUUCCUUUUAAAACUCUUUUGGAGGAGGACAGCCUGAAUCAGACCACGUGUGGAUGCAUCGAUUCUCUGCAGGCCCAACUGAGAGGAUCAUCAUGCCUGCGGGGAGCUUGGUUGACAGGACAGAUCUCAAAGUCCUCUGUUACUGCCUUCGCUCUGCAGCCUUCCUCUUGAAUUCGUGCUUCCUGCUGACCCAAGCCCAGGACAUUCCUGUUAAGUUGGACCCAAAGUGGCCAUUGAGAGGACAGACCGCCACUCUGAUUCCAGCCGGAAAGCCUGAGAUUAUUACAUGCACCUGGUUUCGAGAUGAGCAAGUUGAAUCAAAAGAGAUCUUCACAUAUAUUCCAUCAAUUUCCGAUCAAGAGAACGGUCCAGCCUUCACUGGGCGGGAGACUGCAGGCCCAAACUGUUCCCUGGCCAUCAGCCGGUUGACCUUGAAUGACACUGGAAUCUAUAUAGUGAGGAAGACUGUGAGGGGUGGUCCUGAAAUAGGGCGUGCGCAUGUACAGGUCUCAGAAUCUGCCUCCGCUUUGGGUGCAGGAGCCAUUUCAGGAAUUGUUCUUGGGUCCUUGGCUUUAGCAUCUUUGGCGGGAACUCUGCUGUACUCCUUUUUCCGUAAGUAA